GUUCGCGCUUCGUCUGAUGUGGUCGUACUGCGGCUUCCGUAGACCGGAAGUGGGAGACAACGCCGCCGCCAUGGUGCUGGAGAAGAAAGGUUCCGCCCGGGUGGAGGCGGGUCAGCGUAGAGUUCUGGAUGAAGCCACCAGACAGAGGAGAUUGACCCGGCAGCUUGACGCUCUGGAGAAAGACAACUUCCAGGACGACCCUCUGUCCUCCUUACCUCCCCCAGGUCCUACUGCCCGCCUUCCUGCUUUCAGUGAGACAGAAGAACCAGAGAAGAAGAAGAGGAAGACGAGGGGCGAUCACUUCAAGCAGCGCUUCAGGAAGAACUUCACCACGCUGCUGGAGGAGGAGAACCUGUCGGAGAGGGCGGAGCCUAACUACCUGUCUGCGGCGGCCCGUCCGUCCACGCUGCCCCCCCGACACUUCUGCUGCGUCUGUGGCUUCCCCUCCCACUACACCUGCACCACCUGUGGGGGGCGCUACUGCAGCAGCAAGUGUUUGUGUACACACAGAGAGACCAGGUGUUUGAAGUGGACGCUCUAACUGCCGCCUGGUCACCGUGGCGACUGAUAGGACGUGGCUUAGCUUAGCUUAGCGUAGCUUGUUGACCGUUAGCAUGUGGUUCUGUGUAAUGACUAAACAUACAAUAAAUACAUCACAGGAACGUUAGCAAUGAAGCUAACCACUUCAUAAACAUCAGAGCCACACAAUAAAUAUUCUUUUGUAAAUAAUGAAUGUUUUUUAUUUUCAUGUUUUAUUAAAUAAAAAUAAACAAGAAUGUU